CACUUCCCCCCAUUUUCUCAGCUGCUCUACACCGCACACACCUUCCGCCUCUGCCCACCACCGCCACCGAACGCACCGGCGACGCCCACCCACCACAGCACCUGCAAUACCAAUAGUUGUACUUUCACUGGGAAGUAUUCCCGGCGACUUUGUACGGCGACGCCCACCAAACGACACCUACGCACCACCAGCGACGCCCACCAUCCAAAACUGGCAGGCCGAAUACUACCCUAACCUGACAUUUGAGGGUCCAGUCUCCGGAGCGAAGGUAACUGUUAGGCUAUGGCAACGGAGUCAUCCGAGGGAGAAGAAGAAGGGAAGAUCACCAGUGGGAAUCAUGUGCUGAUAGUGGAAGAUGACCUUCGAGAACUGGGAAAGAAGGCCGCUUGGAGUGUCAGCUCUUGCAAGCCUGGCAAUGGUGUCGGUUCUCUCCGCGACGACAACCUUGAAACCUAUUGGCAAUCAGAUGGUGCGCAGCCUCAUUUGGUUAAUAUUCAGUUCCAAAAGAAAGUUAAGCUUCAAUUAGUCGUUCUUUAUGUGGAUUUCAAGCUUGAUGAGAGCUACACGCCGAGUAAGAUCUCCAUUCGCUCCGGUGAUGGGUUCCACAACUUGAAAGAGAUAAAAACUAUGGAACUUAUCAAGCCUAGCGGUUGGGUUUAUGUAUCCUUGUCUGGAAAUGAUCCUAGGGAAACUUUUGUCAACACUUUUAUGUUGCAAAUUGCUGUGUUGUCAAACCAUCUCAACGGGAGGGAUACUCAUGUGCGCCAGAUCAAACUUUAUGGGCCUCGACCGAACCCUAUUCCGCAUCAACCAUUUCACUUUACUUCACGGGAGUUCAUCACCUACUCUUGCGUGAGAUGAGAAAGGUUACCGAGCAAAAACUGUGUUGAACCGAGGAGUGAAGCAAGCUUCUAUAAGAGUAGCCGGCUCAUAUUAAGAACCAUGAGUAUGUAUCUCUAGCCAUGUAUAAUCUGUACGUUCAAUUUUUUUUCAAUACCAAAGAUUUAGAACAAUAUUAUUUGGUUCCUUGUUACAAGAA